UGGUCCACGUUUAAAUCUUUCAUUCACACACACCAUAUGCUUGUAUUUUUUGCAGCAUUCAACAUGUUGACUCUUCCUAAAGGCACGUUCCAACCCAAAACUAGUUAAUUGUUAUGUUAUGCAAUAUGCUGUAGGGCAGCCUUGCAUCACUCAGCCUCUUUGGUUUGACAGAGUUCUAAAAUUUAUGGGUUUUUUUUUGUGUUCUCAUUAAUUUCAUGGUGAGAUGUUCUCUCACUAUAAUACCUAGCAUUUAUGUAAUUCAGCAAUGUAGAAAUAGCGAUGUGGAAAUCCUGACUGCCAACCUACCCAUGAUGUAGAGGCUAAUACAGGUUCUGAGGAGUAAUGUUAGCUAUCUGGCUCUUUCAGCCUGUGUGCACUUGUAGUUCCUGCUACCUUUGAGAUGCAUCAUCAGAUGUUUUUUUCUAGUCUUUAAACCAGAAAAUCUUGCUACAGAGACUACUGUGGCAUCGCUGUAGGAUGUGUUUCCCCUUAAUCAUCAAAAGAAUAGCAAUUCAAAAUGUUUUUAAUACAUAUCUGCAUAGUUUCUUGUCAGUUUGAAAUAAUUUAACACAUUAAAGACAAACCAGGUUUAAUUUGAGAAUAAGAGUAUGACACAUGAAUAUUUGUGACAGGAGUAGCUUGGGAUUAAUUACCAAACCCCCUUGUUGAUACCAUUACACAAACCUCUAGGUCUUUAAACCAUCUUUGAGCCACAUUUUUUAUAUUGUUUUGUAACCAAAGUUACAGAACAUGAUGAAUAGAAGUUAAAAAUAUGCCUAAAGUGUUAAUAAAUAAUUGUGUUCUCAUGUAUAUUGUCUUAAUCUAUUGAAAUCUAACAGUGAGAAAAACAGUGAGAAGGCAAGAAGGUAGUGUAAAGGUCUUUAUUAUAUGAAAGAUGGUUUGGCCAUCACCAUUUUAGUCUGUGUCAUGAAUAGCAUUCUGUGGUUAUCUGUGACACCUGAGAGUGGUUUGACUGCAGUCAGUUUAUAGUCCGGCUCUGGUCACUGCAUUCAAUAUAAGUCAUUUCCACUCUAAUUUAGAUGUUAGCAGAGGUGGAGGGGGUUACAUAAGUUGCUUUUAUCAUCCUUCCGCGCUUACACUGAUCGCCAUUUUCCAUUCACUCACAAGCACAUUUUUGAAAGGUCAAGAUCACUAGCUCGUCAAUGUCACCUUUUUGCAAGAGCUCCCAAAUGUUGAAGUUAAAUGGUGUAAUGAAGUAGAGUAAGGAAAAAAACAUUAGCUUCUAUUUCGUGAUUAUACAGGAAGAGUUUAUCAAGAAAGAGAAGUUGGGUGACUCCCACUUGCAACCAGAUGUUUCUCAAGAGAAAGGUUGAGAAGGCAAGAGGUUUCAAAUGGGCAGAACAGCUACAGUGUUUGUAGAAGAUGAGCUUGAAACACAGUAUUAAGCUUUAGAUGAUGAAACCUAAACACAGUCACACAGACAGCAGGAGGGAGGGUUCUCCUCUAAAGCAGCCUGUCAGAACUCCUAAGAGCAGCCCGGUGCGCAAGAGCGGUCAGAAACAACUGGAGCCUAAAGAGCAGUCGCCAGACUCCAGCGCGGUCAGCCCUGGCCAUGCUGACGGCCACUCCACCAACGGGGUGUUAGCCCAGAUGGACAGAGAGAGCGCAGAGAGCGUACAGUGCACAGACGGCCAGCCGCUGCUGAACGGAGAUGUUGGGGAGCAGAGCGUGGACGGGGACAUAGAUCUGUCUCAUAGUCUGAUUGAGGCAGGUGAGAGAGAAGAGAGAGAGAACGAGGCCGGGAGAGAGGCGACUGAGAAUGAGGCCAGUAAGGAAGAUAAGAGUAUGGAGCACAAGGAGACCAAUGAGCAGAAGCUGUACAAGAUUGCUAAUGAGCUCCUGCAGACAGAAAAGGCCUAUGUGGCUCGCCUCAACUUGUUAGACCAGGUGUUCUGUGCCAAGCUGAUGGAGGAGGCAGGGAAAGGCACAUUCCCUGUGGAUGUGGUGAAGAACAUCUUCUCGAAUAUCUCCUCUAUCAAUGCCUUCCACAGCCAGUUCCUCCUUCCAGACCUGGAGAAACGCAUGGGAGAAUGGGAGUCGACACCUCGCAUUGGCGACAUCCUGCAGAAGCUUACCCCCUUUCUGAAGAUGUAUGCUGAGUAUGUGAGGAACUUUGAUAAAGCCAUGGAGCUGCUGAAACAGUGGACAGACCGCUCACCCCAGUUCAAAGCCAUCAUUCAGGACAUCCAGAAGCAAGAGGUCUGUGGUAGUCUAACUCUGCAGCACCAUAUGCUGGAGCCUGUGCAGAGAGUGCCUAGAUAUGAGAUGCUCCUCAAAGACUAUCUGAAGAAGCUCCCUCAGGACCAUGUGGACCACAGGGACGCUGAAAAGUCCUUGGAAAUUAUUGCCAUGGCAGCCACUCAUUCCAACACUGCCAUUCGCAAAUCCGAGAACUUGAAGAAAUUACUGGAGAUCUAUGAGAUGCUGGGGGAGGAGGAGGAUAUAGUGAAUGCCUCCAAUGAAUUUAUUAAGGAGGGCCACAUUCUCAAACUGGCAGCCAGGAACACUUCAGCCAUGGACAGAUAUCUCUUUCUGUUCAACAACAUGCUGCUGUACUGCGUUCCCAAGUUCAGCCUGGUGGGGCAGAAGUUCACAGUGCGUACGCGUAUUGGAAUUGAUGGGAUGAAAGUGACAGAGACAUACAACGAGGAUUACCCCCAUACUUUCCAGGUGUCCGGCAAGGAGCGUACUCUCGAGCUGCAGGCCAGCUCUGAGCAAGAUAAAGAGGACUGGAUAAAGGCAUUCCAGGAAACAAUAGAGAUCUUUCACCAAAAGAAUGAGACGUUUAAAACAGCAUCUAAAGACGUGGAGGAAGUGUCGAUAUCGGAGCUGGGGAAGCGUGCCCCUCGCUGGAUUCGAGACAAUGAGGUGACGAUGUGUAUGAAGUGCAGAGAACCCUUCAACGCUCUCACUCGCAGGAGACAUCACUGUCGAGCCUGUGGUUAUGUUGUGUGCUGGAAGUGCUCAGACAAUAAGGCUCCUCUGGAAUACGAUGGGAAUAAAAUGAACAAAGUGUGUCGAGACUGUUACUCUAUUCUAACAGGCCACACAGAGAGCGAAGAGAAAGAGGGCAAGAAGAAAGGCAUUCUGGAGUUUCGGAGAAAACGGCUUGCACGUGUUCAGCAUGAGCAAUCAGGGGCGAUUGAAGCAGCUCAGUUUUCUGGCAGUAGUAUAAUGUGCGGCUUCCUGCAGUACUGUGAGAAAAAUAAGCCCUGGCAGAAGGUCUGGUGUGUCAUCCCUCAGAAAGAAGCUUUAGUGCUCUAUCUGUAUGGAGCACCACAGGACGUUAAGGCCCAGUCCACGAUCCCAUUGCUAGGGUACUCUGUGGACGACGCCACCCGGCCAGCAGACCCUCCAGCCAGCUUUCGUCUGUCACAGUCGAAGUCCGUGCACAGCUUUGCAGCAGAGAGCGAAGAGCUGAAGCAGCGCUGGCUCAAGGUGAUCCGGGUGGCCGUGACGGGCGAGGUGCCAGAAUGCCCACCACCUAUAGAGCCCCACGGGGCAGAGGGCAGUCAUGAACCUAGCUCAGAGAGCAUCUGAGAGACUCCAGAAGAGCAGCUUCUGCUUACUCGACCACAAUCAAGCCUCAGAGACAGAGAGCUUAGAGGCACAGCCUGAGAGAGGAUGUCUGAGAAAAAUAACACAAACUCUACACUCACUUACUUGUGGAGCAUGGACGCCACCUGUUGAUAGGGCAGUGUAUCUCCACAUUGGAUUUAAAAUGUUCCUAAGUGACAAGAACAAGGCUUUCCCUCUGAAACAUGGAGGUCCAAAGCGAUGGCACACACAAGUGCUUUGAAACUUCACCAGUGCCCCAAGACAGGCGCCAGCAGCCUGGGCCAAAUGACGUUUGGAUGAAUGCACAGCCAUUUCCGCACAUCAUGCUCUCAUGCUCAGCCCUGUUAUAGUGCAGCAUAAUGUAUAAGCAUUGUAUAUACACACAUUGUACCAUUUUAAAAGCAGUCAAUCCAUUAAGUAUGUAUGAGGGGAUGUGCCCUCACUGUCUCUUUUAUAAAGAUAUGAUGUGAAUGCAGGUUCUCUCCAAUGCUGAAGCCAAGUUUGAAAUUGAAUUCAGGCUGCCUCAGCACUCUGGGAAGAGAGUAAUGCUCUAUCUUCAUUCACAGGGACUGCACAUCACAUUCGGUUUCAAUUUUACAUGCAAUAAACACUCAUUAACGUCACUGCACCUGAAGACGGGUUCAGCAGGAGCCAUGGUGCCGCAUUUAGGAACCAGCAUGAACUCAUUCCCAGCACAUUAAUGGAAAAAAAAAAAAAACACUCAUGGAUAUGUACACUGAAACAAGCAAUGCUUUCUCCUAAGCUAAGGACACCUAUGCUACAACAGUAAAGUCAACAGAGUUAUCUAUUGUAUUAUCAUAAGCUGGACAAAUAUCCUUACUUUACAGGCCUAGGCAAAUCACACCAGUGAAUGGUCAGACAGACUGAUUUUUUUUACCCAGUCGGGUGAAUGUGCCGUUUCUCAGAACCUAUCUCUUGUCAGGAUAGCAUUUAAGAUAAGAAAGAAAAGUCUGUAUGAUAUUUAACAUAGACUGAAGGCCACAUUUGUAGACAUGUACAUGUUUAUCAUCCACAAGCACAGAGUAUGUGUCCUUCUUUCUAUAUGGUGGCCAUGUUCAUACAUCUGGAUGAGUGCUAACGAGCUGGCCAGUGGAGAUGUGGUGCGCUACUGAUGAGUGUCUUAAAUGAGACUUCCUGCGCGGGCAGAACAAUCAAGGACAAAUAGGCCCAGAAGCAGGGAGACAUAUGUAAAUGUUUUAUGAAAUACUGUAAUUAACUUUAUUUAAGAGUAAUUUAUAAAAGAUGUGCAUGAUUUUGAAAAGCAGUAGCACAAAGCAGCGUUCCAUACCAUUUUGCCUCCCUCUGUCGAGUUGUUCUGUCCAUUUAUGAUUUUAGUAUUCAGCACAGCAUCAUAGUCAACGUUUGUGAUUUUGUUGUUCUUGUAACAUUUUCUUUUUUCUCCACUUUCACAAUAUUGAACUAUGUUUGAGAACUGGUCAGUGUUUUACGAAUGGUAAUAUGUGCCUGCAACAGUCACAUUUAAAACAGAGACAAAUCCUGGGCCAAUCUAGCAGUUGCAUAUUGCCUAGUAUUGCAGAUACGUAGGCUAGGUCAUCUAUUAUAGCAACAGGUACACUGAGGUUUAGCCUCUUAACUAGUAUGAACACAGCACCUCUAGUCUAACAAUGCAGUGUUGUGUCUAUAGCCAGACUCUUCUGGCCUGACAAGAAAGCAAGAGUACUGGUGUGCCAUUUUAAAUGCUGAAUGUAGCCCUGUAGUUUGUUCAGAUUUUCCCCUAGCAUUAGUUACAACAGGUUGACCCUAGAGUUAGCUGGAGAAAGCCCCAAUUCUCUACACUGAAAUUUCCUCCCUUCUCCAAAUCUAAAAUGCACUUUACCGUCUUCUAUAAAGUGUACCUUGUAAGAUAAUAAAAACAAAAGGAUUAUGUA